UUUAAUUGCUAUCUUCUCCGAUUCAAAACCCUAAUCCAAUUUAUUUUUUUCCUAUCAUCUCUGCGCCUGGCUCAUGUCAAUGAUUCUCAAUGAAGCAAAACGAGUCAUGUGUUCUCCUCUAACAUGCGACCUGCAUUGUUGAACUCUCUUCUUCUUUAAAUUUCGUUUAUUUGUUUUGAAAAAAAAAAAAACUUUGUUUGGAUUCAGAUGACUUCGAUGAAUCAUAUCGUGGUAGAUAUAAGUUCAGACGAAGAGGAUGAUGAUAAACGAGUGGUUUACUCUGGUUCGUUUGACGGAAUUCUCGAUUUUUCCGAUGAGAAGCCCAAAAGUACUGAUUUGUCUCAUCUAAUGGUGAAGAACAAAGACGGUGAUGAUGACGAUUGUGUGAUUUUGGAUUGUGAUCCUACCGCUAAGGAGAAUGUGGUUGACACUUGCGGAACCGAUGAAGUCCUUGUUGUAGGACAAAAGGGUGAGAUAGCUUGUAGGGACUUCCCGCAUCCGCGUCACGCUUGUGCUAAGUACCCAUUCAAUUCCACAUUACACGAGCAGUUCUGUGAGAUGUGUCACUGUUAUGUUUGUGAUACCCGAGCUCCGUGUACUUACUGGCUUAGUAGCUUCUCCAUCCUUGAUCACUGUCAUGCCAAUGAUAAAGAUCAGAUGUGGAACAAUCAACGGGAAUCUCUCAGGACCGGAAAGAUACUUCCCCGGCUUGUUUCAAAACCUGCUUUGACCAAAGUACAAUGUAAACGUGUUUCACGGCCUCUAUCAUUACCGAUGCCAAGAAACUCGUCUACCCCUGUAACUCAGUCUGGAAUCCAGGCUUGCUCUACUACAACUACUAAGGUUGCGACUCACCCAAACGUAUACACAUACACCAGACGCGGUCACGGAACUAGGCAAUCAAAAACAACCCUUCUGAAACAUCCCGGGUCACAACCUCGUGAUGUGCAGUCAUUACCAAAAAACAGAGGAGGCGGCGGCUCUUAUAAUGGUAAUCCAAGUCCUCAAGCUGUUCCUUCCGUUCCAUUGCGGACUCGAAGAUUAAGUAUAGGUGUUUCUCAUCCGGAAAACAACGGUGUACAGAACAUUGCUCAAGGCUUACAAGCAAUGUUCAAGGCUUACAAGCAGCUACCUGUUACACACGGACCUCCCACUGCUUCACAAGACAAUUCACAGCAGAGGAUCGUUACUGGUUAUGUUUCAAAUUUGUCAGUUUCUCACAUGAAAGAGAUGGCAAGACAUUUUAACCGGAAUAUGUAUUCUGGUAAUGUUCAGACAAAUGUAGUACCGUCAAUGACUCCUAAUCCUCCGGCGGCGAACCAGCAACAACAACAACAAAAACAAUCAGGAACAAGUAAUGAUAAAUUACUGUCAGAGUUUGAAGACUGGCUCCUGGACGACUCGUCAAUGGUGUGUCCGUUGUCUGGACAAGACAAUGCUACUACAGCCGCAUUCGAUUUCGAAACUUUCUUGAAUAAGUGAGACCUUAGGAUUUAGUCCUAGAUUUUCCUAACUCAGUUAUAGGCUUAAAUCUGUACAGAGUAGUAUUAAUCGAGAGUUUCUGGUUAGGAGUUUCAUACCCAUAUACAUAAAUAAAUUCAUCAAUUCUUUUAGAAACGUACAAGUUAAAUUGAUGAAGUUUUUUUUUU